AUGAACAUUCAGGAGUAUUUUGCAAGAAUUUCUUACAAUGAGUCCUAUAAGGAUGCAGACUUGCAAACCUUAACAGCCAUCUUCCAGCAUCACAUCCAGGCAAUUCCUUUUGAAAACCUUAGCAUGCAUUGUGGGGAGACCAUUGAGCUGGAUUUACAAUCUACUUACAAUAAGAUAGUGAGAAAGAAACGCGGUGGCUGGUGCCUGGAAAACAACCACCUCUUAUUUUGGGCCUUGCAAGAAUUAGGGUAUGACGUCUGUAUUCUUGGAGGAAAUAGUUAUGAUCCAGCAAAGAAGGCAUACACUGCUGAGAUCAAUCAUAUCCUUCUGAAGGUGGUGAUCAAGGGAAAUUCCUAUAUAGUAGAUGCUGGCUUUGGUGGUGCCUACCAGGCAUGGCAGCCAUUGAUGCUGAUUUCUGGGAAGGACCAACCCCAGAUCCCUGGCAUCUUCCGCUUCAUGGAAGACAAUGGCACCUGGUACUUCGAGAAGGUCAAAAGGAAGCAUUGUAUUUCUGAGCAAAGUGCCCCUCCCCCUGAUACUCCAGAAAUGGGAAAUAUCAGGAAAAUUUAUACGUUCACUCUUGAGCCACGACAUAUAAAAGACUUUGAGGAACUAAAUGGAUACCUCCAAGUGUCUCCAGAUAACAUACUUCAGAAGAAGUCAAUCUGCACUCUCCAAACCACUGGAGGGCUUUAUGCCUUAGUUGGAUGGACCCUCACUGAGAUGAAGUACAGCUACACAGAAGACAUGGACCAGGUGCAGAUCACAACUCUUACAGAUGAAGAGGUUGAGAAGACCCUGAAAGACAAAUUCAAUAUAGUGCUGGAGAAGAAACUCGUACCAGUGAAUGUUCGUGGCUUGCCACCUAAUUUAGUGGAUACAAUCUAA